AUGACUGUUGCCAACAACAUUAAGAGUACUAUUCCACAAACAGAAAGUGCCAAGGAAUACCUGAAGUUUGUGGAAGAACGUUUUCGUUCUGCUGAUAAGUCUCUCGUUGGUACACUAAUGGCUGAACUCACGACCAUGAAGUUUGAUGGGUCGCAUAGUAUGCAAAAUCAUAUCAUCAAGAUGACUAACAUUGCAACAAGAUUUCGGGCCUUAGGGAUGAAAGUGGAUGACACCUUCUUGGUUCAGUUUAUUCUGAACUCAUUGUCUCUUGAGUAUGGACCAUUCCAAAUCAACUAUAACACUAUUAAGGAUAAGUGGAAUGUUAGUGAAUUGUCAAGUAUGCUUACUCAAGAGGAGUCAAGACUUAAUAAACAAGGAGGUCAUUCCAUUAACCUCAUGGGUCAAGAAGCUGGUAAAGGACUUAAAGUGAAGGCCAACAAGUUCAAGAAAAAGAAAGUGUUGGAGAAGAAGUACAGAGAAAUCUGGAAACAAUAA